AUGGGUGACAAACGUGCUGCUCCAGUUACCAACGCUGAUCUGGAUGCUCUUAUCGCAACCUUUACCAUCACCAUAACUGCUAUGAAUACUAAUGUGACUGCUCAGAUGGGAGAUUUUUGUGCGUUGUUGGAAGGGAGAAAUAAUAACUACAACAACCGGAAUAGAGGCGGGGAACACAACGUGAUAGGGCUCCACAUGGUGUUGGUGGAGUUAUUGACAAUUCUGAAUCUGAAUCCGAAUCCGAAGAAGAAAUUAUGCAACCUGAAUAACAAGAUGAGCAUGGAGGAAUUACUGGAUUGGUUUUUUGAGGUUGAGAGGUUCUUCAAUCUAAUCGAUGUCCCGGAGAAUAAGCAAGUUAAGAUGGUUUCUCGGAAGCUGAAGAACGAUGCUGCUUAUUGGUGGUAUCAGUCGCACAUUUGGAUUCAAAAUGUUCUGCAAUCAGCUAGACUGUCUGUGUCAGUUAAUGGGACACCUUGUGGGUUCUUCAACUGCUCUAGAGGGGUUCGUCAGGGGGACCCUUUAUCCCCUCUUCUUUUCUGCCCUGCAGAAGAGGUUCUCAGCAGGGGGCUUGGUGAUCUAGUGAGUAGGGGAAAAAUCAAGAGCAUCGCUGCCCCUAAGAAGCUGCAACCUCCUUCCAAUGUCUUAUAUGCAGACGACGUGAUGAUUUUUAUGCAGGGUAACUCCAGGGGGCUACGGGCCCUAAACAGGUUUCUUCAAGAAUAUGCAGCAAACUCAGGGCAGGUCUAUCAUUGGCCACGUGAAUUACUAAAGAAAGUGCAAGGCUGGAUGCGCAAUUUUUACUGGUCUAGGGAUCCUCUGAAGAAGGGCGCUGCUUUGGUUGCUUGGAAGAAUUGUUGCUUGCCUAAAGAUUGUGGAGGGCUUGGUCUAAAAAAUAUUUUCACUUUAAAUCGCUCUCUUCUUCUUAAGCGAUGUUGGGAAAUGAUCGUCUGUCUGGACCGGUCUGCUGCAAUUAUGGUCUGUAUUAUUAUCAAACUUGAGAUGGCAGAUCGUGUUGGUGAUUAUAUUGUGCAGAAUCAAUGGGUCCUUCCAUUAGAGUUUCUUGAGAACUUUCCAGAAGCUUCUAAUGAUAUUAUGAAGAUUGACAUUCCAGAGGCUGUUUUGGAGGAUACUGUGAUCUGGCCUACUACUUCGUCUGGUUCCUUGACUGCAGCAGAGGCUUAUACUUUUCUUUCGGACCUGAAUGCUCCUCUUGAGUGGGGAAAGGCUAUAUGGCACAAAGCAUUGCAACCCCGAAAAAGCAUUGUUUGUUGGAAAGUUUUCCAUCACAAAAUCUUGGUUGAUGAAAUUAUGCAGCGCAGAGUGCCGGUUUAUUCAUUGUUGGGAGUCUCUCCACUCAGAGCAAAGGCCCCAAAGUUUAUACCAGUGGUUUGGGAGGCUCCUCCCUCAGGUUGGAUAAAGGUAAAUACGGAUGGUUCAUUUUCAGGCACUACAAGAGCAAGUUUUGGGGGUGUGUUCAGAGAUUCUGAGGGGCUUUUUCUUGGGGGCUUCUCAUAUAAUGCUACGGUGCCAAGUGCUAUUGAUGCUGAGGUUCUCGCGAUUAUUGAAGCAAUUAAUGUUGCUUUGGUCCGUCGCUGGACUCACAUUUGGUUGGAAACGAACUCAAUACUAGCACUACGAUACUUCAAGAACCCUGGUUUAAUACCAUGGAGAUUGCGUACCUCAUGGUUGAAUUGUUUACACAAGGUUAGUCAGAUCACUUUCAGAAUGACACAUAUCUUUAGAGAAGGGAAUGCUUUAGCUGACAAAUUUGCCCGUUAUGGAGCCUCAAAUGUUGGUGCAGUCUGGUGGAGAACCUUACCCUCUUCCUUUCUAGCAGAGUUUGGUAGAGACUUGUCUUCAAGAAUUAAUUAUCGCUUUUCUUAG